AGUGAAUUGAACAGUAAAUUGGUAAUAUUGUGGGAGUAAUGUGUGAGUAGAACGACAGCUGGUGAACACUAAAUUGGGUGAAAACUCUAAGAAAUAUCACAUGGUAAAAUAAUUAAAACUGAUAGAUAUUUUCUUUAACUUUAUCUUGGUCAGUAAAUGUAAACAGAUCGAGACACUGUAUGCAGACGUCGGUCACAACUUAUCACACAGAGCAUAUAGACCACAUAGGCUGUUGUGGGAAGAUCAUCUCCAGUUGUUGAUCCACACUGAGCUUUCCACAAUCCAUGAGACGAAAAUGGAGAAACCUUCCCCCACCUAUGUUCAAGGCCAGAGCCUAACGUUUCUCGAUUCUUUCGACAAAAUAGCAGAAAAAUUCCCUGAGCGUGACGCAUGUAUAGUCUACCAUGCAAAAGACGUACGCGAGGCUGUGACUUUCUCUGAACUGCGCAAGCAAUCAAUACAGUUUGCUAUCAUGCUGCUCACCAAGGGACUUCGAAAGGGUGAUAUCGUCGGUCUUUUGUCUACCAAUUCUGUGGAUUUUGUCGUUGCCUUCCUUGGCUUGUCUCGCAUAGGAGCCCCUGUACUGAUGCUACGGUAUGGAAGCACCGCGGAGGAAGUCUGCAGGUUAUUGACAAAGCAUGAUUGUAAAGGUUUGGUGGGAAGCAUUUAUUCAGAACGUGAUGCCGAUGUCAUUACAAACAUAGAGCAAAAAAUGUCAAGGGAACACCGAAAUAAUACUUUUGUCGUGAUAAGUCAGAUCCUCAUCGACAAGCGUAGUGUUUCGUGCAGUUCAAAAACCGACCAUGAAGAUACUAAUUUGUCACAUAUUCCCGAAGAAAUGCAUUUUCCCAAGGUAGGGCCAGACGACGCAUGCGCCAUAUUUUUCACCUCCGGAAGUACGGGAGAGCCAAAAGCCAUACAAAAUAACCAUCGUGCUUUUGUCGCCAGAACCCGUAUAAUGCGCGAGUUUUCGUUUACAGAAACAGCUUCUUUCUUUAAUGACCGCCCGAUGGCGUGGACAGGUGGUGCCUACACGAUACUAAACAUGUGUAUCUUUGGAACAUGCGCAGUCACGAUCAACUCUAACUUCACUGUUGCCAGCGGGGAGGUCGAUUUCGUCAUGACCAUCUUGCGAGAUGAAAAAUGCACGCAUGCCAUUUUGAUGAAUUAUCUUCUCGUAGAUUUCAUGCAUAGCAACAAUCCAAACAACAAACCCUCACAUCUCAAAUAUGUCUUAACUGGCGGACAAAAAGCCGACCACGCAUCGCUGGUCCAUGUUUUAACCGCAUUGCCGACAAUAACACUGGUAUACCUGUAUGGUGUGGGUGAGGCGGGAAUUGUUUUGUAUCAAUGUCAUACUGACACGAGCACGUUAGAUGACGAUGGUUUUAAUAUUCACCAAGGCGCUGACAUCAAGCUAAUUAACAGCAGUGGUGAAACCGUGGAACCUGGGGCAUCGGGAGAGAUUUGCAUUCGCUCACCAGCUCUCUUCGAAGGAUACCACAAUAAUUCUGAAGCAACCAGCAAAGCACGGCUUCCAGACAACUGGUUUCGCUCGGGUGACGUGGGAGUCAAAAGGCAAGAUGGAAGAAUCGUGCUGCUUGGUCGAUCAGAUGAUAUGAUAAAGCGAGCAACUGUAAAAGUAUUUCCCGUCGAAGUUGAGAGAGUCCUUCGUCAACAUCCGUGUAUUAAAGAAGUGGUCGUGGUUGGGGUUCCGGAUCAGCGUCUAUUUGAGGAUCUCUGUGCAUGCAUCAUACCACGUGACCCUGAAGCAUUCGACGAAGCCGACUUCCUUAUUUGGUGUAAAGCACAAUUCUCCGUCGGACCGGAUGGUCUCUCUUUGGCCCCAACUUAUGUUCUUGUAUUUGAUCAAUAUCCGAAGACUCGCACUGGAAAAACCAGCAGGAAGGAUCUGAAAGAGGAGGCUAAAAAGCGAGUGCACAUUGUUUCAAGCAAAUAGUGCAGGAUUGUUCAAAUUGCAAAAAUGUGUAGAAACUAGGAAAUUAAGACUAAUCAAUGUCGGAAGCACAAGUAAUGACAUCACCUGGAACAGACGCAUUUGAGUUGUCAAACUUUGUCAAAUUUAUGUAGUUGUACUGACAAAAACGAGUGGAUUUUAUAGAUUUACAUGUCAUUCGAAGAACACUUGGGAUUAUAAAACACAAAAAGAUUUCAUAUUUCCAUGAAUACUUGAAUGUGACAGUUGCAAUUUUUUCAUAAAUAAUUGCAACAGAAAUAGAAGUUGUCGUACAGUAGUCAUUCUGAAUUUUUUACCGUAUUUGAAAUUAUCUGUCUUUGGUUAAAGAUAUGCACAGGAGUUUGUUUUAAAUAAUGCCCAAUUUGUGACUGAAAGACAAAUCUUCUUUAUUUAGGAUUCGACAACAUCAUCAACAUUGUACAUGAGCUUUUUGACACCGUUUUCAUAUCUGUAUUCAUUUUAUGAAAUGACAAAAUGUUAAAGUGUAUUCAAGUCACAAGUAACAUAAGACACAUCGUCAAAAGACAACACAUUUAACAACCUAAAUAACAGACGUAAAUAAAA